CUUUCGAACCGCGUGGUGGUAAAUAUAAUCUUUUUAAUAAAGUGUGUGAAUAUAUUAUAUUCUUCCAACAUUGCAUACUUCUAAAGCAUUAAUUUGCUGCAGUUCAUUUUAAAACAAUAUAUAGUUCUAAUCAAUAUAAUUUUCCAAUUGACAUUCUGUUUCGAAAUAUUCGUGUGUUUUACAGACCUAAAAUAAAUUUUCCGACACGAUGAUAUUUCUAAACCUACUAUUAAUUAGCGGAAUAAUGUAUAUUGUUGGGACGGCUUCUACUUUUAACGAAUCAUCUUUAUGCUAUAAACCAUCAAAAUAUAUAAAACCAAAUCAUUACGAUAUCAACUUUAUAUCAUAUAUUGAAAAAUACAUUUUCUAUGGAGAAUACAAUAUUAGCAUAAGCAUUCUUAACAAAACGCAAAAUAUAUUAAUCAACAACAUAUAUUCAGAAAAAUUAUAUUUUAAAAAUAUAGUUUUAAUUAAAAAUCUAGAAAAACAUCAUGAGAAUAUUAAGUAUACAGUUUAUAAUCCGAUAUAUGAUUUUGAAGAAGACAUAAUUGACCUUUCUUUUAAGGAUGAGUUAUUACCAGGAAAUUACACUUUAUAUAUUAAAUAUUUUGGUUUUACUGAUGAAGUCUUUAGAAUUUUUGAUGUAAAAAAAGAAUUCUCUUUGGUAGCUGCUACUCAUUUGCAUAUAAUAGGCACCCGACAAAUGUCAUCGUGUUGGGAUGAAAAGUAUUUAUUCUUAGAAGCAACCUUUAACAUAUCUAUAGGAUGUAAUCAAUGCACGGCUUUGUCAAAUAUGCCAUUGCAUAAUACAGAAAAAAACAAGCACAAUAUAUUAUUGAAACGCUUCGAUACCACACCUGCAAUGUCGCCGUAUCUUGCAACAAUAAUUGUAUCCAAUUACUUAUUAUGUGUUGAUAAUUAUACUCAAAACAUUGAAAGGUGGUGCAGAAACAGAUCUGUAUUUCACAUGGAAUUUGCAGAAAAUGUAGCUGAAAAAAUCUUGUUGUUCUUUAAAAAUAAAUGGAAACAACAUUCGAACAAUAUUUCGAAGGUGACUCAUGUUGCAAUGCCAAAUUUCCCUGAUAAUGGCAUAAUAGUUUUCGGACUUGUUUUUUAUAACGAAAUGGAUAUCGUUUACGAUAAAAAUUUAUAUCCUGUUGCUCGCAAAAUCGAAGUAUCUCGAUUAGUAGGACAUAAAGUGACACAGCAAUGGUUUUAUAAUCUGAGCAAUCCAUUUCAAUUAGCUUGGUUUAAUAAAGCUCUUACUACAUUGCUUGCAACGUAUGCUGUCAAUGAGAUGUAUCCAGAUAAUCGAAUAAUAAAUUUAUUUGUUGUUCAAAAUCAACAUACUUCUUUUUAUUUAGAUGAUUCUAGUAUGUGGAAUUCUACUUUACGAGAUUACAGUUUCUUGAAAAUUCGCGAAUCCAUCAGAGCACCCUGUAUACUGCGCAUGAUGCAACACGCCGUAACCAAAGAAAUAUUUCAAAAAGGCGUUCGCUCAUAUACAAAUAGCACUUUUACAAUUCCGCUUUUUUCCUACAUCUGCUACUAGAUUUACCUUCACUUUCGUUACUUUUACUAUGAAA